CAGGUGCCCCUAAAUUCAAUGAUUUCUUAAGAAGUCAUGCAAAUAAGCCAAAAAGGGUUUGGCUUCUAGAACAGAGUGGGGUGGGGAUCCUAGUUAGUAAUGGCCAGAUUGGGCCUAGUUGCCCUUCAGCCAUCUGCUCUAAUUACAUUUUCUUAGAUUCUGUAUUUGUCCAUUUACACUUUUAUCACCAGGGGCAAACUAACAGCCGCGACUGUUGACAUCUUCCCUGUAACCCAGCUUUGGCAAGCACCUGAAAAUCAUGUUACAGACCCUCUGGCCAAUCCCAUGUCCAUAUCCCCAACCACCUCCUCUCUCUAACCCUCACACACCAAGCCAAUAUUUCCCCUGUGCCAGGUCACUCAGGACCAGGUACCUAUAGAGAGAGACUGCUCCUGUGGCCUGGAGCAUGUCCACAUUACUUAAGCAGGCCAGUCCUAGGCUGUUGCCCUGUCCUGCAUUGCCUGUCCCAUGGAAAACACAAUGAAGGUUCUGGGCCCUGCUUUUCCCUUGAUCCUUCCAUCUCCUGACCAACCCCGGUGCUUCCCCUUUGGCCCUCUGUGGCAUGGUGUGCCCCUCCUCUUUGGAAAUGUAAGAAUAAACUUAUUUCCAUAUCAGUGACCUCUCCAUGUCAUUACUCAGCCACCUUUAUAAAUUAAGACUCAGGCACAAAUCACCAUCGCCCCCAAAGACACAGCUCUCACCAGUGUUACAGUCAGGAAGAGCAGAAUGUUUUGUUUUCAUGGAUAAUUAGGAAGGCUUAAACCACAUAACACAAGCCUUUUCAAUCUGUCCCUCCCCCUUACCACCUUUCAGAGAUUGUUUUUAGGUAAGAUAUUUUCUUUCUGAGUUCUUAAUUCGCAGUCUAUUUACAGGUGUGGAGAGAGAAGAAAACAGAAGACAGAUGCUCUGCCAGAAUCCAGUCUGGAGCAUUUGAAACUCAGUUAUAAGACCCAAUUAUGAGUGAUCAAAUCAAAUUCAUUGUGGACAAUCUCAAUAAAGAGCCUUUUAGGAAGAACUAUAAUUUAAUCACAUUUGAUUCCCUGGAGCCAAUGCAACUAUUGCAAGUUCUCAAUGAUGUUCUGGCUGAAAUUGACCCAAAGCAAGUUGUUGAUAUCAGAGAGGAGAUGCCAGAGCAAACAGCCAAAAGGAUGUUGAGCCUUCUUGGUAUCCUUAAAUAUAAACCUCCAGGAAAUGCCACAGACAUGAGUACCUUUCGUCAGGGUCUGGUGAUUGGAAGUAAACCUGUAAUUUAUCCAGUACUCCACUGGCUUCUUCAGAGGACUAAUGAACUGAAGAAAAGAGCAUAUUUAGCUCGUUUUUUAAUAAAACUUGAGGUACCAAGUGAGUUUCUUCAGGAUGAAACUGUGGCUGAUACCAAUAAACAGUAUGAAGAGCUAAUGGAAGCCUUUAAAACUUUGCAUAAAGAAUGUGAGCAACUUAAGACAUCUGGAUUUUCUACAGCAGAAAUAAGAAGGGAUAUCAGUGCAAUGGAGGAAGAAAAGGAUCAGCUCAUUAAGAGAGUUGAACGUUUGAAGAAAAGGGUGGAGACAGUUCAGAAUCAUCAACGGAUGCUUAAAAUAGCAAGGCAACUUCGAGUUGAAAAAGAGAGAGAAGAAUUUCUUGCACAACAGAAACAGGAACAAAAGAAUCAGCUAUUUCAUGCAGUGCAGAGACUGCAAAGAGUACAAAAUCAGCUGAAAAGUAUGCGCCAUGCAGCAGCAGAUGCAAAGCCUGAAAGUUUAAUGAAGAGGCUAGAGGAGGAGAUAAAAUUUAAUUCUUAUAUGGUUACUGAAAAAUUUCCUAAAGAAUUAGAAAGCAAGAAAAAAGAAUUGCAUUUUUUACAAAAAGUGGUUUCAGAGCCUGCAAUGGGCCAGUCUGAUCUUCUUGAGCUUGAAUCUAAAAUAAAUGAAAUAAACGCACAGAUCAAUCAGCUGAUUGAAAAGAAAAUGAUGAGAAAUGAGCCAAUUGAAGGCAAACUCUCACUAUAUAGGCAACAGGCAUCCAUUAUUUCUCGUAAAAAAGAAGCCAAAGCUGAGGAACUUCAGGAAGCAAAGGAGAAGUUGGCCAACCUAGAGAGAGAGGUGUCAGUGAAGACAAAUCAGACCCGUGAAUUUGAUGGCACCGAAGUUUUGAAGGGAGAUGAAUUCAAACGAUACGUCAGUAAACUUCGAAGCAAGAGUACAGUGUUCAAAAAGAAGCAUCAAAUAAUAGCUGAAUUUAAAGCUGAAUUCGGUCUCUUGCAGAGGACAGAGGAACUUCUUAAACAACGUCAUGAAAAUAUUCAACAUCAACUGCAAACUAUUGAAGAGAAAAAGGGUAUAUCUGGGUAUAGUUACACCCAGGAAGAGCUAGAACGGGUAUCCGCACUGAAGACUGAGGUCGAUGAGAUGAAAGGCCGAACGCUCGACGACAUGUCUGAAAUGGUAAAAAAACUGAAUUCACUGGUAUCUGAAAAGAAGUCAGCCCUAGCCCCAGUUAUAAAAGAACUACGACAGUUGCGUCAGAAAUGUCAAGAACUAACCCAGGAGUGUGAUGAAAAGAAAUCCCAGUAUGAUAGCUGUGCAGCAGGCCUCGAAAGCAAUCGAUCCAAAUUAGAACAGGAGGUCAGGGGACUCCGUGAAGAAUGUCUUCAAGAAGAAAGUAGAUACCAUUACACAAAUUGUAUGAUUAAGAACCUAGAAGUACAGCUUCGUCGAGCUACCGAUGAGAUGAAGGCCUAUGUCUCUUCUGAUCAGCAAGAAAAAAGAAAGGCAAUUAGGGAGCAGUAUACAAAAAAUAUUGCUGAACAGGAGAAUCUUGGAAAGAAACUCCGAGAAAAACAAAAAGCUGUACGAGAAAGUCACGGUCCGAAUAUGAAACAAGCGAAAAUGUGGCGUGAUUUUGAACAGUUGAUGGAAUGUAAGAAACAGUGCUUUCUGAAACAACAAAGCCAAACUCCCAUGGGUCAGGCAUAUACCCUACAGUUAGUGACUAACGAGCAUGAAUCAAAGGCUUGUUUCUACAAAUGGUUCUAGGCGCUUACAUCAUUCCUCUUGUUUGGCAUGAAGGAGUGUUUAGCCCUAGGGAGUGGGUAAGUAAGCAGCCUGAUGAUUAACUUCCAUUAAACCUGGUUAUUUCAAUAACUUAUACAUUGUAGUGAAUGUAAGAUCUAGAUUGUGUAUACAAGGAGUCCUUCAUUUUUAAACAAUCUGUGGCAGCCAGGAGACUUUUUUUUAAAGUUGUACUUUUAUUAAAUACGUAAUUGUGUCUCUACCCAGAAGGAGCUGCUGGCUUAGCUCCUCCUCCCUUUCCUUUUAAUGAGAACUGUUUAAUUAGAGCUGUUUCGUGUAUGACAGCCAGGCAUGAGGGGAGCAU